AGGUGGUUAUGGAGUUGGCGAAUAGAGCGCGGCCUCUGACACGGAGGACUGAGAUUGCUCUUUCCAGCUCUUCCGAUGGGACGGCGCCGGAAGGAAAAGGGAGCCAGAGCACGAGAACGACGACGAUGAAAGCCGUGAAGCUAACGGAGGAAUUGAUCGCCAUUUUUGUGUGAUAAGCGAGCUGAAAGAGAGUGUUGACAAGAAAGAUGAACAAAGCGGUUACGAUUUAGUUACGGAAUCUGUUAGAAAGGCCUUUCUCUCUCCACCGGCGUUCCGAUCAGUUUUUUUUUUUUUUUCUCUGCACAAAUGUUGGGCUUUAACUUUGACCCAACAGGCCCAUAUUGGUCAGAGAGUGUCCCGUACUGGAAACGAAACAGCAACUAGACGAAGAAGAAGAUGAAAAUUGGGGGAAAUCGAAUCGAAACAUCAAGGGUUCAUCGUUCGGCUAUCCAUCAGAUUUCCGGUCAAGCUUACGAUCCUUUAUUUCCAAUUUCACCAUGGAAGAUGUGGAAGUUGUUGAUCCGAAAAAGUGCCUCGAGGAAUCUUGCAAACCAAAAUGUGUGAAGCCACUGCUUGAAUAUCAGGCAUGUGUCAAGAGGAUCCAAGAUGAUGAGUCUGGCCACAAACAUUGCACUGGGCAGUAUUUUGAUUACUGGCAUUGUGUUGACAAAUGUGUCGGACCUAAGCUGUUUGAGAAACUUAAAUGACGAGAAACAAAGUUGGGAGUCUCGAGUCUGUGUCUUGUUUUUUUUCCAGGGUUAUAUAAAAUGCAGUGCACAUUGAGAACAUUACUGCAAACCAGAUUGCAUUGGCGCAAAUCUCGGUUCUGUUUCUCUAGCAAGCUAUUCAUUGUUUGCUGAUCUGUUUGUGAUACUUGAUUAAUGCCUAAUAAAAGAAAACGAAGAAUACGGGUUCUGUUUA